AACGUCAGUAGGUUAUAGGGACAGUUGGAAUGCCAGGGUCAACCGUAAAACAAUGCAUAUCUUGCAUGCAACGUGUCCCGGUUGCUUGCAAGGUAUGCAAACGUUGUAGAAACCAGCAGACUAUGAAAAAGAAGAUACAGAGGGCUCAAGAAAAGGCAACAAAACUCAAAAAUGGGUAAUGCCCCUAACCUAAUGGAUGCAGCCCGGAUUAUGGUUCCUAAAUUCAAGAUGGUGGGUUUACAUCCUCCUCUGCUCUAUGGAUAUGCAUAGAAAGAAAAGGUGUCACGUGGGUACCUCUAUGGCUUGGAGGCAGUCACUGCCAAAGAACUUUAAAUUGUUGCAGCCAUCAAAGAACUAUCAGAGCCUCUUGGACGUAAUAAUUCAAAGAGUGAAGGAACCCCAGAGUGUGUACUUGAUAAACUCAGAGGGACAGAGGGAGACAGCUGGAUUGUCUUUGGAGCCGAAGAUCAAAAAGGAGGACGGUGCUUUCCUUUUUAUGCCUUGUGGGUUCAGGCGGCGAGAGAAGGCGGCGCAGGGGUACAGCCUCCAGUCGGAGGUAGAACGCUGGGAAAGGACGGCCCCCACACCGGAGUCAGAAGCGUCGACCUUGACAAGAACAGGAGCGGAAGCUUGGAAAUGUUGUACAGGCGUGAAGAUUGAAGAGCUGCGCUUGGGAGAAGAUUUAUGCUGCAAUCAUAAGGGCUGUGUGGAGAGAGUUCAAGACAUGAAGCUGUCUGACCUGCAGAGGACGGUUGCAGAGCACGACGGCAGGCAGGACAAAGGGGGCAUUGGGAGUUGGUGUGAUCCGUAGAAGGACCCGACGACUCCUCUCGGAAUUGACGUUGGGGGUCACCCAGACAUUGUGACGCUUCUCAAAGCGCACUGCCCGGGCGAUGAGGUCUUUGAGGUUGUCGGUGGGGCUUCAGCAGAAUCAUUUGUUCCUGGAUGCGGGCAGCGAGGCAGAGGUAGAAAGCGUCCAGUUGUGCCAAGGCCUUCCAAUCACUCUCAGCUGCGAACCGGCGGAGCUCUAUGGCAAAGUCGGAAACACAGCGCUGCCCUUGCUGCAGUCUCAGUAGAGACCAUGCUGCCUCUCGUCCAGCCACAUGAAAUGGAAUGAUUCCGGAACGGAAGAGGACAGCAUUGGACUGGCAGCGUCGGUGUUGUGAUAUUGCAUGUCAUAUUUAUAGAUUUAAUGUUUUUGUUAUUUUUAAAGUAAGAUUGGACAUCCCUGCUUUAAACAAUAAGACAAUAAAAUAUAAAGGCUAUGAUGAUGCA